AGGCUCAACAAUGGACAUGACAAGGCUCACACAAUGCAUCCACCACCGUUCGCAUGCAUUGACUCUAUCCAUUGGUACUUUAUUUGGCCUAAUAAUCUCUUCUUCUUCUUCGGCCAUUAGAGAGACACUUGACCUUUCGCCACUUCUAUACUCCUCUGUGUAUGUGUGAAUAUAAGAAGCUCCUUUUUGAACUCAUGCUUCAAGCUUUGCAUUCUAUUUAGUUCUGGUUUUUGGAUUUGAAGACAAGGAUGGAGGACAGAGCCCAUGCAAACUCAUUAAACCAUGAAUAUUCACAAGAACAAGUGGCAUCAGAAUCUUCCAAUCAAGUGAUUAAAAGAGAUACACAGUAUAAUUCUUUCAAGACUUGCUCUGGCAAACUUGAGAGACAGUUAUCAGAGUUGAUAGGAAAAACACAAGAACUAGAUUUGGAGGCUAAUGAGGCUGUGCCUGAUGUACAUCUAUAUUUCGAUGCUUUAGAAGGACCAGAAUUAGACACUCUCAAGGCGACAGAAACACUAGCUCUCCCUGAAGACAAAACAUGGCCUUUUCUUCUUCGGUUCCCGAUAUCGUCUUUCGGCAUGUGUCUUGGUGUUAGUAGCCAAGCAAUUCUCUGGAAGGCAUUAUCCACUGUUCCAUCCAUGAAAUUUCUGCAUGUCAGCUUGAAAGUGAACCUCAACCUCUGGUUCAUCUCACUUGCAUUAACAUGCAUUAUCUCAUUCAUCUACUCUUUGAAGAUUAUCUUCUACUUUGAAGCAGUGAAAAGAGAGUAUCACCAUCCAAUCAGAGUCAACUUCUUCUUUGCUCCAUGGAUAGCGUGUCUCUUCUUAGCUCUUGGUGUUCCACCAUCAGUAACACAGAACCUUCAUGUUUCUCUUUGGUAUGCUCUAAUGGCACCAAUCCUGUGCCUUGAGCUCAAAAUCUAUGGGCAGUGGAUGUCUGGAGGUCAAAGGAAGCUCUCAAAAGUUGCAAACCCAUCAAACCAUUUGUCAAUUGUGAGCAACUUUGUUGGUGCUCUGCUUGGUGCAUCAAUGGGACUAAAACAAGCCUCAAUAUUCUUCUUUUCUGUUGGCUUAGCUCACUACACUGUCCUCUUUAUCACUCUUUAUCAAAGACUUCCAACCAAUCAACCUCUCCCAAAGGAACUCCAUCCUGUCUUCUUCCUCUUUGUUGCUCCACCUAGUGUUGCUUGCAUGGCUUGGGCAAAGAUUCAGAAUCACUUUGAUUACAUCUCAAGGAUAACAUACUUCAUUGCUCUCUUCCUCUAUGCCUCUCUGGCAGUGAGAAUAAACUUUUUCAGAGGAUUCAAAUUCUCUCUUGCUUGGUGGGCAUACACUUUCCCAAUAACAGGAGCUUCAAUUGCAAACAUUAGGUACUCAAAUGAAGCAGAGAAUGUGAUAUCACCAACACUCUCUGUAGUACUCUCCUCCAUCUCAACCUUCACAGUUGCAUCUGUGUUUGUCUCCACCUUCAUCCAUGCUUUUGUUCUUCAUGACCUCAUCCCCAAUGACAUCUCCAUUGCCAUCACUCACAAGAGACCACCAAAGUUAAAGAAAAAAAAGUCCUCACAUUUCAAAUCAAUUGCUAAUGAUGCUCAUUAAUGCUAAUUCUUGCUCUUUUCUUAUCUCUUUUUUGUUUGAAGAAUAUUGAAGACCGUAUAUUAUUGGGAAAUUAACAAAAGUGACGACAAAGCAAAGAAUCCUCCGAGAAUGAUUAAUGUUGCAUGUGAUUGUUGGUGUUUUCUU